AAGUAGCGACAGCUGUUGAGGGAAGCUUCGUCACUAGGACAGUCUGCUUUUAGAGGGAAUGAAAAGACUCAAGAGGAAGAAACAGAACGGCGGAGUUGUGGUGAAUGGGAAUGGAUCUUUCACAAGAGAGCCAGGUUGUGGUAGGAAGCAGAAGCUGGCCGAGAUCCAUCAGGCUUUGAUCAGUGAUCCAGUGGACAUUGAGACCUUGAGGAGAGCGGCAGUCAGUAAAGGAGGACUGCUCACUGAUGAGCUAAGGAGAAAAGUAUGGCCCAAACUACUGAACAUAAAUGUCUAUGAGCUACCACAUAAACCUGGUCGAGAUGUGAGGGAGAACCACAAAGACUACAACCAAGUAGUCCUUGAUGUCAGGAGGUCGAUGAAGCGUUUUCCGAAAGGUAUGCCAGCCACGGAGAGAGCAGUGCUUCAGGAGCAGCUCAUCGACAUCAUACUGGAGGUUUUGAAGCGUAACACUCAGCUGCACUACUACCAAGGCUACCAUGAUGUGGCCGUCACUCUGCUGCUGGUAGUUGGGGAACGAAUGGCCAUUGCCUUGUUGGACACACUGUCUAAUUAUCACCUCAGGGACUUCAUGGAUCCUACCAUGGACAGCACCAAACACAUUUUAAACUAUCUGAUGCCUAUUUUGGAGCAGGUUGAUUUGGAACUGCAUAACUUCAUGAUCAGAGCGGAGGUUGGAACCAUCUUUGCACUUUCCUGGCUCAUCACAUGGUACGGCCAUGUUCUCUCAGAGUUCAAGCAUACCCUGAGACUGUACGACUUCUUCCUGGCCUCACAUCCCCUGAUGCCCAUCUACCUUGCUGCUACGAUUGUGUUGCACAGAGAAAAGGAGGUGAAGCAGACAGAGUGUGACAUGGCCAUGGUCCACCACCUCCUCUCUCGUAUCCCCCAGGAUCUCCCAUACGAGCUUCUGAUUGGCCAGGCACAGGACCUGUUCGAGAAGUACCCUCCAUCAUUACUGGCCAAGCGGGCAGCACUGCAGUCUCGCAAGAGCCGGUCCAUCAGCACCUUCCAGGCAUUUCAGCUCUCCACCUUCCACCAGAGGCCGGACUCUGUUCUCCAGCGUCUCACAAAGGCCCAGGGCUCCACCACCUCCAGACACGGCCUGGAAGCUGCGUUGCCCGGGGACCAAGGCCAGCUCUGGAGGAGGGGAAACAGGAUGGUGAAGAUGGCAGUGUGGGGGCUGUCCGCGACACUCGGGGCAGCCGUGUUCGCUGUGGCUCAGACCGCCAUGGACUGGGGACCUGAGGCAUUACUUCAACUGUUCUGACGUGGCGGUGGUGGGAAUACAGACUAUUCAGCAAGAACACUGACACAUGCAGUAUAGGUGCACAUUUUUAAAAACUUGAAGCUUAUCUUGAGAUGGUGAAGAAAAUGAGGAGGAACAAUAUUGGUGCCAAACAGGUUGUUGCCACUAAACCACGUUGAACAAGCAUGCUGCUUGUUUUCUAUAAUUCAGCCUCAGGAUUCUUGUACACGUGUGUGUGUGUGUGUGUGAGCAGGACAACUGAAGUAGAAAGCCAAACCGGUGACAAAGAGAUGAAGGUCACAAAGGGGUGCAACGCAAAAGGGUUAGUUGUCAUUUUGUGGCUCUUACAGUCUGGGUGACUUGCUCUUAUAUAGGAGGGGAUUAUGCAUGUCCCCCUGUCAGCGGCCCUUUACAUAAGGAUCCGUCCGUGCACGUGAAACACUAACACAUUUUUGCUGUUUCAGGCUAGCUGCUAUCUAUUUCUUGUCAGCUGAUUAUUUUGCUGAUACUUGUUUUUAGUUCGUCCUGCCCGGUUUGUGUAUUUCUGUUAAAGUUGCUUUUUAGAUCAGCAGCAAUAUCUGAGAGCCAAAAGUGCCCAAAGCCAGCACAGUGACACAUGAGUACAAAUUAUUAAAGAGCAGCGUUUUCUGCUAAAAGCUUCUAGUUACUAGCAAAGAAGGGAAGUGAAAGAGAAAGAUGGAGCGAUGGAGGUGGAGAUUUUGCUUGUGAGCCUUGUAUUAAUUGCUUUACUCCAGGUGGCAGCCAGUUAAAUUCACAGUAGAGCGUGACACACCAAAUGAGCUUUUGCGCUAUCAAAAUAUGAACGUUGCACUCAGUAACAAGGGUCGCUUUAUGCAAGCAGUAAUACUUUUUGGAAAAUCAUUUAGCAGGAGGUAUUGAAACAGUUUUUUAUGUUUUCAGUUGCAGCUUUGCUGCUGCUUGCUGCCUACCGCGCUGAGUGAAUAUGGGGAAGAAACCAGUACUUUUACAUUCCUAAAAUAUUUAGCAGGUUUGCGCUGACAUCCACCCCGAACAGCCAUCACUAGAGCAAAAGUACCUCAUCUUCAUCUUUUGCUUUCUGCAGCUUAAAAAUGACUGUUUAGCUUUAAUCAGUGGACAAUUUGAACAAUUUCUGUAACUCAAAGAUUUUUAUUUAAAUAUAUUUGUUUGUGUUAGUGGAAGUCGUUGCAUCUCCCCGAAUAACAUCACACAUACUUAGAUGCUGUUAAUGCCAAAGCUAAUCACAGAGUUUCAUAACCUGAAAAGCGAAUAUUAAUAAUAGAGGCCGUUUCCACCUGAGGUACACGCGUGGGUGUGUGAGGGGUUUCCUUCCAAACAGCGAUGCAUGCUCUCUGUUAGACUUAAAUCAUGAAUAAUUACUCAGCUUUUACAAGCAUGUACCGAAGCUUCGGUUAACUCUGCUUCGCUGAAGUCACAACACUCCCCAACCACCCAGCCUAUCCCCGCUGCUUCCUCUGUCAUCAGAUAUGAAUGUAUCACAUGUUUGCACAGCUCGCCGUGCAGUCUGCCCUGUUGAUUUCUUCUGCGUGUGAAGUCAGCCGUGCACAAUCAGUUGUGUUUACAGUUUCACUGUAGUAAAUUAGAGCUUCUGGGCCCCAAGCAUUCAUCACGGUGAAAAUAAGUUAAUCAUUAUAUAUAAGAAUAAAUCAGAGAAAACUGUCAACUGGGUCUGCAAGUCAGUCGGUAAUCCUGUGCUGGUUGUUCAAAUAGCCUUAGCUGUACGUUUGAUUGUCCAGUAUAAAUGCAUUAAAUGUGCACUUGUGCAAAAAGCGAGAAAUGGAAAAUGUUAGCUUUAGUUGCAGGCCAGUUUUGUUUAUUUUAAGAAUGUUUGGGUUGUCUGUGUUUUUAUCUAUUAAUGUUUUGUUUCUCUCUGUGCCUCAUUAACAGUCAAAUUGUUUAUUUUACGAGCAACAAUCUGAUUGGCUAUUUAUUUAGAUAUGAUAUUAAAUAAUGACAUGGUUGUAUGAAUAUGUGUUUAAUAUAACCAAAUAAGAGGAAUGGCUUAAAUGGUUAAUAAGGGUUUGCGGUUUACAGCAGUUUGGAUUUAUAUCUGUGCAGGUCAUAGUGACUUAGAUUUAAAAGCUGCUUUGUGUCAGUUAUCAUGAGUCAGUUUAGAAGUGAAAGGAAUGAACUGACAUUUUGCUUCCUCGCUGAGAGUUUGAUGAAGAUACUUCUUUGGACAACUGUAGGCAGCUUAGCAUGAAGACUGGAAACGAGAUCGAUUUCUGGCUCCAUCUGAAAUCUGCCCACCUGCACCUCUGGAACUCACACAAAACAUGUUGUUUGCUUAAUUCGUUUCUACAAGUUGUAAUUCAUUGAAGGUUAGAAGUGUUCACCGAGGCACCAUAGGAAGUCACCGUGCUUGGACAGAAAUGAGAGUGCUCUCUGUGUUCACAUAGAGAAAUACACCAUAUGGACUUAAGUAGACUGCCAGCUAUACUUUACACCCACAGGAGCUGCUCAUCCUUAAAAACCCAUGAGGUGAAGCUCCCGGUGCAUUUUUCUGCCGAGGUUAACCCUGUAAAGCCUGAACCAUGCCAGGAAAUCGAGAAAUAUUGCAGGCCUCCAUCUAAUUCAGUGAGCUUUUGUUGAGCAGUGCAUUUUUCACAAAUGUUUGCAAAGGCAGUCUGCAUGGCUAGGUGCUCGCUGUUAUACCCAAUGCGGCUGAAAACAUCUUGAAUUAAAAAAUUUAGAUGUGUGGUUCAAUACUUUAGUCCAUAUAGUGUAACUUUAUACUUUUCAGAGUAAUAUAUAGAAAAGGAACAUUUACUGUUGACCUAAAUGCAGUAAUGUCUGUUACCACUGGCUGUACUUUUAAAGUGGUUGUGUGUAGCUGUGUGUCUAUGAUGCUUUGACACAUGAUUUAUAUAAAUCAGUUGUAUUCAGAAAAUAUUUUUUGGUUUUUGCUUAUUCAUAAAGUGCUGCUUGGUUUUAAUAUGCUGAGAAAAACACUUUGACGAUUGUGUUUGACGUUACUGUGUGGUUCUAUUUUGUGCCAUGUAAACACACAUACACACAUGAACACACAAGGUGAGUGGUAGUGCUGCCAGAUCCUAAUGAGGAUUUAAUUCUUGCCCCUGGCUUUUGGCGUGCUAAGAUACUUUCUCCUUGUCUUUUUUUUUUUUUUUUUUCCUUGCAAUCAUGUUAAACUUCAAAAACACCCACACCAACACCUGCCCAGUCUCAGUUUGGCACAUGCCUUAAAAAAUGAUUGAAGCCUGUUUCUGGGUCUGAGUGAGAUCAGUCAAAAGAAAGACGAAGGAGGUUUCAGGCUCAUUUAAAUUCAUAAAUAAACACCAUUAAAUACUUUCAUUUCAAGAGAAGCAAACAGAAAAUAGAACCCUCGCAGUAAAUUAAUUUCAUGUAGUGCAUACACUUACUUUAUUGAUCAGCUUUCUUGAACAGUUCACAAUUUUAUUUAUUUAUUUAUUUGCCUUUUAUUUUAUUGCUUUUCAGUUGCAGUGUCUUGUUUUUCUUGCAUUUCCCUUGAGAUCACAACUGAGACCUGCAUGCAUUUUGAAGCUGUUUUUCACUCCACCUAGUAGUAGCUAAACAAAAUCCCUCUGAAAGUUCAUUCCAAGAACCAAUCUGGCCAGAUAUGAUUAGUUUCUAUGUUGAUUAUGAAAACAAGUGAAAAUCAAUGCAGGACAAACACCUCGGCAACAGAAAAAUAACAGAAAAAUCAAGAAACUCUUUUUCAUGCCAGAUUAUGAAUUAAGUGUCUUGUUAUAAAAAAAAAACAAAACUUUAAGCUUCCAGUGAAUUUAUGACUGUUCGCUUCUCUCUCUGAGGUCUGCAAAUGUCCUGAAAAAGAUGCUUUAGCUGUAUGUUAACACAUAGAGUUCAUGAGCAUUUUAAUGCACAUUUCUGAUGAUUGUUACAAACUAUCUUUGAACAAUUCGUUUACUUUGUACUGAUCUGUGGUUCACAUAUAAAUAGAGCAGAGCAGUGAAUAAAUGACAAAGAUAAAAUAUUUAGAGCACCAAAGUGAAAGUUUAUUCGUGCUCUGGAAGAAAGUGACAAAAAACUUCUAUCAGGCGUUUGUCAGAGUUUACAGAGAACGAGGAGCACUUUGUUGCUAUUGUUACUGUCUUUCUGAAAAGCUCUUGGUCAUUGCAUAAGAUUGUGACAUUGCUAUGAACAAAAUAAAGAAGUUCAAUUACUUUCUGAA